AAUUAAUAAUCGAAUCGUCUAUUUAAUCUUUAAAAGCAAAUGAAAUUUGAAUUGUGAAUGCACCUCUAUUUGUGAAUAACAUAAUAAUAUCCUUGGAUUAAUAGAGACACUCGUAUAAUCAAAAUAUUAAAUAUAAUUUAUGUAAGGAUUAAUUGAUAUUGAACCUAAAUAAUAUUUAGACUUCGUUGCCGAGGAAGGUAAAUUAGGUUAAACCACCCUCAAUGUUUUCAACUUGACUUCUAAUUAAUUAUCAUUCAAAAUCAAAACUGCUAACCCAAUGCAAUUCUAAGUGAAACCAAGUAUCGGCCUCAUACAGCCUAACAAUCAAGUCUCCAUUGUAAUCACGACAGCCCAACCUCUCAAGGCGGAUGGCAAUUUGAUUUCUAAAUUUCAAAUAAACGCGUGCACACUUCUAUAAGAAGAAUAGGAUCUUGCUAAUUUUUGGAGAUCUCUAGAUGCAUCACUGAUACAGUAAGUGCAAGUGAGGAGUCGAAUUAAGCCUGCGGAAGUCCAACAAGAAAAUAUUCCAUAACAAUUGCAAUAAAGUGUGGCAUCAGAAAAUAAUGAUGUGAUGAAUCUAUUGUACUAAUCAAUAGUUGAUCCACAAUCAAGGCAAAAAGAUGAGGAGAUAUAGAGAUAUCAAGAGCAGAUAGAUCAAAUGACCAAGGAACUUUCCGAUUAUUAAUUGAUACUAAAGAGUGUGAAGUAGCAAUAAGCUGCUGUUAAACAUCUUGGCAACAAAUUCGAUUUGAAAUAAGUGUUGAUAACGGGUGUAAUAUCGAUGGUUUUGGGAUUCAUAUUCGGAAAUUGA